GCGGUUGCGUUAGUUGCGUUUUCGCUUUCAUCGGAGCAAGUCGGCAGCAAAAAGGAAGCGCUGGAGCAGCAGCAGCAGCCCGAGUGCCUCCAAAUGUCCGGGCGCUUCCUGGAAAGCUGAAGAGCACCGGAAAGCUAAUAAUUCCAGAACAAACUUUUCCCCCAAAAGAGGGAAUAUGUGUGUUGAGAUCUUUGGCAGUAACAAGUGACUUUCAGUAAACGUGUUCUCCUGGUGUCUUGUGUGCUGAGUGUCUUCUAGUGUGUCUCCUGUCCCCGAGUUUGUGUCCAAAACCGCAGCCCAAGCAUCAUCUCCUGCUGGCGGACGGGGAACCCAGUGUUGGGAAUUGUGUGGAGACUCCAGCAAGGCACCGAAAAUUGAUACCCAAGUUCUGUUCGGCGGGUGGUCGUCGUCGCGAUCCGCCAUGGCACCGCUACGCUCCGGUAGGGUCGUCCCGGGCAGCGAGGGACCAGUGACAACGAUCACGUCCUCCAGCAGCACCACCAUCGGUGGCAUGUACGAACCGCAGUACUACUGGAGCUCGAGCGCCGGCGACUCGGACCACGGCUUCGAGUCGUCCCACUCGGGCGACGGGUCCGGCUCGGAGGGCGCCGGCAUGGUCCGGUGCUGCCUGCCGCUCGGCGAAUGUCUGAAGCCGAAGGGUGCGGGCGGAAACAACCCAUUCUCCGAGCUGGGCGCCAUGAUCAACCUGGAGGAUCUGCGGGAGUGCGUGCGCGUCCAGUGCAGCAACGAAUCGUGCACGGCCGGGCAGUACAUGCACCGGGAGUGCUUCGACCGGUGGGAGGAUGAGGCACUCGCCUGCCUGAAGUCGACCGGGCGGGCCCGCUCGUGGUCGGACAAGCAGCGCCAGCAGUACCUCUGGACGAAGAAGGGCUACGAUCUGGUGCAGAAGGUGUGCGGCUGCAAGUGUGGCCGGGGCAGCCUGAAGAAGGAUCUCGACUGGAAUGCGCCCACCACCGCCACCAUGUUCGGCAGAGCACUGGUCGGUACUGGUGGCGGAGGUGGUGGUGGAGUUGGAGAUGUCCAGAUUGGAACAGGCGGUGGAGCAAUGCUGGGACCGAUCGGUGACGAUGAGACGAUGAAGAAGCAGAAGAAAAAGAAAAACCGCCACAACCAGAAGCUGGCGAUCUCGAUGAGUGCCAGCAGCAGCGCCAACAGCAGCGCCACCAGCAGCCCCAACAGCCAGCAGCAGCAGCAGCAGCACCAGCAGCAUCAACAGCAUCAGCUGCAACAGCUACACCAGCAGCAGCUGGCCCAACAACAGCAUCUUCUGCUGCAGCAGCAGGACCAUCAGCAGCAGCAGCAGCAGCAGCAACAGCAGGCGGCGGAUGACUUGCUAUCGAUUCUGAGCAAGAUCCGCGUGUCGGCGGCAUUGAACACGACGGCGGCUACACCGGGGCGGCGCGUCGAUCUCACCAACCUGAAUGUCCUGCCCAUGAUGGGAAUGCAGCGCCAGCAGCAUCUGCACAGCAACGGUGGCGGUGCAUCCAUCAUGUCGCCCGGCAUGCUGACGAACGCGGUCGUUGCCUCGGCCCGCAUGCGUGCCAACAGCCUGUCGUCGUCGAUCAGCAACGGGUCGUGCACGCCACCGGCCUCGUCGAUCGGCGGCGGCUCGGAACAGUCCGUCUCGCCGAUCCACAAUCAGCCGCCGAGCCCGGCCAGCAUUGCCAAGCUGCCGCUGACGCCCAAGUCGAAGGUCGAGCUGUACUCGGAGCGUGUCAGAGCUACAUCUGGUGCCAACGGGAUCUUCUCGCGCCGCUUGGACUUCUCGUCGUUCAACGUAUUGCCGCGACAGCGAAUAAACUCCUACUCCAUAAAGAUUGAAGAUGAAGGCAAUCACGGAAACGAUGAAACGCGUCUGUUCAUUCUGUCGUCGCUAGCUGCCCAGCACAAGAGUCGCGUCGCCUGUGUACUUUGCGAGGAACCGAUGCUAGUCUUUGACCGCUACCCUCUGGUCGAUGGAACGUUCUUCCUCAGCCCGAAACAGCACAAUAAAGGAUGCAUUGAGGUAAUACGAGAAUCGUGUCCAAUAUCUGACAUCCGUCUGCAUGGCGUGCCUGGAAGGCGUCGAGCCAAACCGUAUCGUACGGUGCAGAUUUUGCGUAAACAAAUGGGACGGUUCGUCGCUUGUUUUGGGCACCAUGUAUUCUUACGAUAUCUUUGCCGCGAUGCCAUGCUGCACGGAACGAUUGAAGUGCAACAACUGCUUCAAACUGAUGCUGUCGCCGCACCAGCGGCUGAACUUCUACAGCGACUACAGCCACAGCGUGUCGUGUCCGUACUGUUCGGCGCAGGACAACCACUUCGUGAAGCCGCUGUCCUACUGCUACACCAAGCAGCCCAUGCAGUACUUCCAGCAGUGGCCAUAACAUGAGGCCACGUUGGAAUCGCCGAAGUCGAGUGUGAACAGUGGCUCGCUGGCGGACGCGACCGGGCGCCAGGAGCAACAGUCACCGUUCAGCGGAUCGUCCGCCUCGUGCUCUGCGUCGACGAGCGCCCUUGCUGACAAGGCAUCCGCGGACUCUGCCGCGAUGAGCUCGUUCAUCCAGGAGCUGCGCCAUCUCAGCAACAGCAGCACCAUCAGCAACAUCAGCUGCACGAGCAACGAUUCGGGCGUUUCGACUUCUUACUGUGGUGAUUCCAACGUCGGCAGUGGCCGGGCCGCUGCCACCAACCUCAGCAACAACAACAACAGCAACAUACAGAUGAAUUCGCACCAACCACAGCCAAACUGCAAACCGACAGGUACGUUACCGAAACUUGAUUGCGCCAAUAACUCGGCAAUGUCCAGCAUCAUCUGGGGCAACAAAUCACUGUGGGGUCCGGCACCGCCUCCCUCACCGUCGGUAGCAACGGUGCCAUCUGCGCUAGUGACACUGCCAGCAGCAGUAGCAGGAGCAGCAGCAGCAUCUCUAAAACCGCAAUCGGUUCUUUCUAGUGCAGUUACAACAAACCCUACCUCGAACGCGUUGUAUGCUAGCUUAAGUAAAGAAUUGUACACGCCCUGGACAACAUCCACUGCCAGUGUGACACCGUCAACGAUGGUGCCGUUACAAAUGCAGCCAUCACUACUGCCACCCUCCAUCACACCCAAGCAGAAUAAUGAUCACGCACUCCUUCCCAAAACUACCUCCCCCUCAUCCUCCUCCUUCAUCUUUUCAACCGGCAAUCUUAGUACGAAUAUUUGGGAAAGUAAGCUCGGGCUGGUCAGUGGCCCUCAGCAAAGUCUGGAGCCAUUAGAGUCUAUCUGGUCGGCACCGGAACCUUCGUCAGCGGCAGCAGCAGCCGCCAGCAUGAUCGGUGGCUUGACAGGCUGCGAGCAGCAGCAGCAGCGGGGUGGUGAUGCCGUACCAAAUGGUGGUCCAAAUGCUUGGCGAUCCGAUGUUCCGUCCGCUGCCCGAGAUCCGUAUGCGAUUGGAUCUCAAUUCUUGCGAGCAGACGAAUCGAAAAUUGCUGGUAGACUGCCCGGUGGUACGGGUGAUGCGAUCGACACUACACCAAAGCUUAGUUCUCUCUGGACACCGGGACCAUGGUCGAACGCUGUCGAUAGUGCAGCGAACAGUGGUAGCAAUAUCAGUGUCCUACGAUCGCUACGUAUGGGCGGGUCCGCUUGCUCCACUACCACCGUCCCGAGCGGCAGCACCAGCAACAGCGAGGCCGGCAACAUCGUCGCCAAGGGUUUGGAAUCGAACGCGCGACCGGGAGAAAACACUGAAGUGUCCACCAAUUCUUUCCUGCCCGCGGGUUCGGAAGAUGUCAUGAACUAUCUCAGUAUAUUUAAUUAGACAAUUUGUUUUUUGUUUCUUUUGACUGGUCUCCUUUUUAUUGUUUGCUGUCUGUCCAGUUUUUUGCUUGAAUUUUUGCGAAUGCGAAGGUGAAAUUCAUUCAUAGAGCAAUUUUUGUUAUUUAGUUCUAUUUUAUGGUUUUUGUUUCAAAGUAUCUUCUUUCCAUUCUUCAAUAUAGUAAAGAAUCGCCUAGAGUUGUUCGUUAGAUUGUUUAAUUUUUUUGUUUGUUUAUUUUUUUAAUUAUUUUUUCGAUAGUUCUUUUUGGAGACGUGUAAUUCUGUUGUUGAAAAAAAAAACUAUUUACACUUUUUUGUUUACUUAGUACAACUUAUCUCAAACGAAAGUCGUCGUUCACCAUGUUUAUAUACCAUAUAUUACAUAGUUAUCCUAUUAUAGUAGAUGGUUAAGAGAGAAAAGCAAACGAAAAGUUAAAGUAAUAUUGUUUCCCACAAUAUCGUUUCUUCCUUUAGUUUGUAAGCAUUUAUCAUCUCAACAACUAUCUCGCAAAUUGAUCGUUUUUAGUCGUAAGAUGUAAAAGGUGUAAAUCAUCAUGUAACUCCUCCGGUUAUCGAUAAGUAAACCGAACAAACAGUGGCUAACAGUUAGGUUCCGUAAAAAAAUGCAUAAGCAAAUCUAAAUGUUUAUGUGUAUUGUAACAGUACUUUUAAGCGACAUCUACCACCGCUGCACACACACAAUAUACAUUUAGCGUAAGCAAACAGAAAAAAAGGUUUUAGGAUUAAAAUUGUAUUGCUUGUUCUCGCUCGCAACAUGUUAGCAAUACAAUCGUGAAAACUAAGGGAAAACCAAAACAACGUUUUUUAUUGUUUUUAGUUUUAUGUACUUCGUAACCUCAGGGACUAUAUAUCUCGUCCGACAGGCUUCUCGGCUACGGUGUUGCGGUGGUGCGAGGGAAAACGGCAAGCUUUCUUAGUAAGCCACGCACCACACAAGCGCACCUACCAGAAGUGUGUCGGACUUUUUUCUGUUGGUCUACACGACGAGGUUAGGAAUUGCGUUUCGACAAAUGCACACAAUCAUUGAAGGGUGGUAACUCAUUGCGGCGAAGAAAGACGGUGAGAGAAGAGCUACGUGUAAUUACUAAUAAUACCAUAUACCGUCAAACUGUGUGAAUGUGUAUAGCGUACCUCGGGAGCGGUUGUUUCUCCUCUCAAGGCGCUUGUACAUAUUGUACCCCCGCCCUGGCGCCGCCAGGAAGAACACUGCAUGCCGUAGUGUUUGUUAAAGAGGGAAACAAAUGGACGAUGAAAAGCAAUGAACGGUUUAGCAAUAAGUUUAAAAACGAAACUAAAAUGUCAGGUUAACAUUACGCUUCAGCACAACACACCAAAACCACUCCUUGUCUUGAGUGCGUAGUAACGUGUCCUCCGUGUGCUGAAGCGAAAUGCUUUAGCGUGUAAGGCGUAGUGGAUAAGGUAACGUUUAGGAGUAUUAUUCUCACCCUUAGAGAGAGUGAACCGUAGUGGUGAACCAGGCGUAAUAUAACAUUCUUAUCGAUUGGAGUACAUUUUUACUUGUAAAUAGCGUACGAAUUCAGUGCACGAUUAGAAAGCAAUAUGUAUGAAAGCGCUCGGAAAGUUUCCUCGCAAGAGAAAUUUCCCUUGUUUGUGUGAUUCGCGAGCCACGAGAGAGCUACUGCUGAGAGGUGUAGCUCCCCGAACGGCUAGGGUGUGAAUGGAGUCGCCAGUAGUUGUGGCAAUUUAAUAUGUGUGUGAGAAUGUUUGUGUGGGUUUUGCAUUUUGCAUUGCUUACUUACCGUUUUGUGUUGUACGUGGAACCAUUUUCAUCUCUUCCUUUGAUAGUAAGACACAUCGGCUAUGUGUAAUUGUGUAUGUGUGCGAGAGAUCGAACUGAAACGCCAUAGAAUUAAAAACAAAAAUCAAAGCGAAAAUUUGGGGGAUGGGUUUGGACGAACUUACGGCAUCAAAUGACAAAAAAUAAGCAUCUUGUGAUCAAGGGAAAAUAAUCAGAGGUCAGGGACGGUGUGUGGUGUGGUGUGAGCACACUACACUGGUGUACAUUUUUGAUAGUAAGGAAAACCGAUAUGACGAUGGUGGAUUCAGACAAUCUCGCCCGGAAUCUCGGGCCGGUGUGUCCCACCAGUGAUCGAAUGCUAUGACCUUUUAGCGGUGAUUACGUUUGGACGAUGUUCCUUUUUCGAUGCAUUUUAGAGGCGAGUUUUUAAAACUUGGUAUUUUUUUGUGUUGUUCUUUUUUGACGGCAAACCAGACGUGUGUAGAUGGGUUGGGGAUGAGUGGAAUAGUUGGAGAUGAAUGGACGAACCUGGUUUACUUGCGUUUUUUGAGAUAUUUUGGGAUGGGAAUAUAUACAAGAAAAAUAACAUACAUUGUGGUACUGUGUGUCGUCAAUAAUGAUUGUUAGAAGGCGGAUGCGGAAUAAAAAAUUGGAUUAGAUCGUAAAAUCAAAAUUAGGCCCUAUUUGUGGCCAACUCGGAAAAUGCUCGGAAAAAAUGCCAAAAAUAAAAGAAAUAUAAAAGCCCAAUGAAAUACGCAGCGAAUCGAAAGGACUGAUUGAUCCCCGUGUAAUAAUAUCCCGUUUACAAUCUCUCUCUCUCUUCAAAAUAGAUUGGCUUGUAGUUGCUCUAUCAUCAUCAGCCAAGAAGGCAGUUAACAUUACAUUGAGAUCUAUUUGGCAACAAUCAUACAUAACAUUGUUUUGUACAACUUUCGAAAAGAAUAGGAAUUUAUAGUGAUAAAGCGAUCAGUUUUAGACUCGUAAUUUACCUAAGCAUAAGAGUACUAUCACCUUCACCUCACUUACUUACAUCAUGCUCUACAACAAAUAUAAAUUUCAGAUGCGUCACGAUAGUUUGUCAUUGUAUGACACUUUCUGUUUGUUUUGAAUGUACGAUAGUGUAAAACCCCACGCUUUAGAUUAGACGAUCUAACUUUAAAUUUCUCGAACGAAUAAAAAAUGCCGACUGGAAACACGAAAACUGUCAUCAGUCCCUUAACAUUUUUCCGAGCACUAAUUGGAUGUUUCAAAAUUCAGUUUCAAUUGACCCCCCCUCCACGAAGCGAAAACAAAAUUUGGAUGUUACAUAGUACCAAAGUGUGUAAAGGUAUGGGUGAAUGCGUAAGUCUAACAAACAGCUAUAAAGAAGGUUCAUGCGAUCAGUAUUUUUUUUGCCUGGGCUUUUGUUAAACGGCUAUAACAAUAACGGAGAGUUAAGUUCUUCCACAUAGUUUCCUGUUUUGGUUCUGUUUCAAAUUUGCCUGUAAAUAACGUUUAGAAUUGCUGAGGCGAAUUGAUUCUAAGCAGACACACAAGUCUUGGUUGUUUAACAAGGACCUAGAAUGUAAGUGGAAUAGAAUAGGCGAUUUCAGCGCAAGUUUCACCCUAGUGAAGCUUUUCUGCCAAACGCGCGUGCACUAUUCUAUUGAUUCGGUCGAAAGCGAUUUGUUGGAACAUAUCCUUGUUAAGUACGUUAAAAGCAUAGUUUCUUAAUGCAAGAAAAAAAUUAAAACAAAAGUACCAGGAUUAACUAAAGUAAGAGAAAUAAUUCCUUUUUGCAUCGUGUCUAAUUAAACUUAAAUGAAAUCACAGGAACAAAGCACACAGCCCCAACAACCAUUCAUCUUACCUACCACCGCUCGUCCGACGGAACGGUGUUGUGGUAUAUGUAGUUAAAUUAGCUCUAAAUCAUGCUCUCUCGUCGUGCAGUGGCAAAUUGUGUUCGGGGAGGCGCUAUGAAGAGGUAGUGUCAGCCGUUCACUCAUUGCCACCGUAAGAAUCACACCCAUAUGUGCCGCGUAUUCAGUGGGUCGGGCUGCACGCAGCUAGAAUGCAUAAAUUAAUAUCAAAUGUGUUAAUUUUAUGUUUUAAAAUGUUUUAAAUAAUGAAUAUAAACAAAAAACAAAGCGAAUUUCCCUCGCUUUACAUGCGCAAAUCGCACGAAAUUCGUGUGUAAAAUGUGGUGAACAUAUUACUACUAGAGGGAUCGCUUUUCUUACUACAACUCAGAUCAUCUGAUGGCAACACGUACAAAUACGGCUGCUCGACCGACCCACUGAAGGCGAAUGGGCACAAUAGGGAGGGUGUUUUUGCUUCUAGUAAGAAGCAGAUACAAUUAAGACACGUUAUCUAUAUAAAAAAAGAUGGAAUGAUUACAUACUUCAUAACUGUUUGACUAGUUUGUCUCGAACCUUAAGUUUCGCUUUCUUGUCGUAUCCUCGCAGUAUUGAUCGGAAGUGCAUAUAAUCAUUGGGCGGGCGUGUGUCUGAAUGAAACGUUCGCACCAAUUCUCUGCAUGUAGAUGCUAGUUCCGGUAAAUACAACAUAAGCGCAGAGCAUACUAAUACACACUUAAUACAUUUACUAGAAAAUCUAUCCUAAAGUGUAGAAACAAAUCCCAGUUUACGGUGUGUGAUGUUGCAUACUGUCUUUUUACGAAUGCUGUUUCUGUUAUUUUUCAUCUCAUAUUUUCAAUUAAUUAGUAAACCAUAGAUAGAUAUGCGACACGCCGGUGGCACGAUCUGUGUGUGGGUCGUUUUAGUUUAAUAUAGUUUUCGUUACUACUUCAGUGUUUUGUUUAGUGCUAACCAUAUAUUGGAAGACGAGAUUUGAUUGAAUCACAGUCAUAGGUUUUGUAACUUUGUUUCCCCUUCCCCCCCUACGCUGCAUAACAAUGACAGUGGAGGCAGCGGAGGGACUAUGAAAGGCUUAAUCACGAAUAUUAGCACGCGGGGCGCGCGUGUCUCGUGUGUUGUUUGCGAUGCGCGGUUUGUACAUUUGAUUCGAAAAGAAGCAAUGCAGCAUUGGAUAUACUUCCAUCAUGCUUCGAAUCGAAUGAUCAUACACUAGUCAAAAAUUGAACCCCAGAAUUGACUCGUUUUCUUUCUGAAGUGUAAGCCGUUUAGAAAAAUUUAAAGUAGUAGUUAUAUGUAACGUACGAAGCCCCAACUUACCAAUAACCGCUGAAUACCGUCAGAGAAGGGGAAGAGUAAAUCAACAAACUGAACAUGAAAAACACAUUGAACCUCAAAUUUUGUACAAACUAAAAGUGGGUGAUUGUAGCAAUACAGCCGAACUAAAACAAACGAAGCAAAAACAAAACAAAAAAACACACAGAACCCUUUACUCCUGGUUCUAGCGCAUACAUUGCAACAUAUGAAGCCGAUUAAAACCUCUAGCCUGCUUGUAGGAAGUUUUGCUUGCAUGAAGAAAACAACAACCAAUUUACAAACAAAAACGAAACAAAACAAAAUAAAAACAAACAAACAUGCCACCAAUAUACCUCAAGACGAAGCAAAUCUACACGAGUAAAUAGUUCGACGAAGUGCAGACCAUAGGGAGUUGUUUAAAGGAUAAAAGAACACUCCACGCAACAAACACUGAUAAGAAAAAAUGUUAUACAUUCUUUUGCAACUGAAAUCAUAAUACACUCACUCCGAAAGCAAAUGGACAGUGCGCGCGCCUCACACGCUCUCAACACUUGAACUCGAGUUGCGUGUGUUUCUGUGUGGUAUUUUGAGGAAAGAUUUCUUUUCUAUGACAACAAAAUCUAUCUGCUGCGCCAUUAUAUGCUUCGGCAACAAAAAUAAAAAAAAUAAUUCAACACCAUUUACAAAACCCGCUAGGGCAAUAGUUGUUGAACAGGAAGGAAAAUACAAACAUAGCUCAGGUAAUAUUAGUAAAUUGUGAGAACCUCUCCCUAUAUAUGAGAUCUGCUAUGCGGAACGACGAGCGCGUCGUUUACGAAAGGAUUUUGUUUUUAGCAGUAUACCGGACAAAAUAUCGCGUAUUCUUACGAUUGUUUGUGCAUUUUUUUUCGAUAAAUUUGCUUUCGAUAGAGUAAUAUGUGUACAAACAUGCGUAGUAGGGGAGGAGCGGUCGGAAAGAGUUGAGUCACUCAGCUUUUUGCUAGAAGAAAUAUGUUUUCCGUUAUCCAAGGGCGUUUUUUGGCAUUUCCGUUUACUCUCCACGGACGGUAACAACACCGAAAAUGAAAGACAAAGAACAACGCACACCACCGUGCGUGUUUGGAGCUAACGGGUCAAUGUUUUGGAAGUUAGCUGGUCUUUUGUAGGGGGGUAUGAAGCAAAAAGCAUCUUUGCGCAUAGUUGCAUGUAUGUUGCUAUUGUUUUGUAUUUUGCUCUGUAUUUGCUCUCCUCUCUGCCACGGAAGAAGAGUGAGCCGAGUAGAAGGAAAUCAGUUUUUGCAUGAUAGAGAGAAACAAAAUGCAAGUGAAACUAAUAAGACAGACACACACAUACAUGCUUGAAGUACAAAUUAAAUCAAAUAUAAACUAGCACUAUUUGUUCUUAGUCCAUUGUGCUUUUGUUUUUUGCUCUCGUUAAUAGAAGAAGGGGAAUAUGCACUCCCCGUUUAAACUAUUUUUCGGUUUUGGUACAGAUGCCAUUUGUUUUUGAACUAUGUAAAAUUAUUUCGCACAAUCAGUUUUACCACUAGAGUAAUGAGGAAUGAUGUGUGACGUUUUGUUUUUUUAAAUGGGGAUGUAUCCAUUACCUCAAGCAGCAGUUCAAGGUAUACAUUUCCUGCGAGGAGAUUGGUUAUUGAUCACUAGUUUAUGUCGACUGGAGGAGAGAUAUAUUGAAAACUAAUCGCUUCAGAAACAUACGCCGCGCACCGUUAAAAUUAACCGGAGGUAAUUAAAAAAUAUCUAUUUCAACAAAACACACUCCUUUGUUCAACAACGGCAAUGAUUCAAUGUUCUAAUCGGCAUUUUUAUUCGGAGAGAAAUGUAAAGGGGGAAAAUAAAUGCGUAAAAUUGGUGAAGCAAACCUCUCUGCCCAAGCCAUUAAGGGUUCAUAAAGCUUCUAAAAUCAUACAUCAGGACUCAACUUGAUCGUAGUGGGUGGUGGAGGAGGUGAACAUAAAACAAAGUAAAUCUCACGACCUUCCUAAAACUACUUUAUGGAAUCAAUUCUGUGAGGCGUGUGAUGUGCGUUAUUAUUUAAAUUGUGAUACUUAAGGUUCUUCUGCAAAACAAAAGGACUCGCACGUGUGGUGGUAUACCAGAGUUCGAAAAACCAGUACGCUGCUACACAGUGUGCUGAAAUGUGUGCUGAUUAUGUUCGAACGUUCGUUGGUGUGUAGCUAUAAGCGAUCAUGAUCUUGUUUUGAUGAUGGGUGUGAUAGAGAUACACUGAAGGAUAUUUCCGGACGGUCGAAUAGAACGCAAUACCAACCCAAACGCGCAAAAAGUCAAAGCAAAAUCUUAAACUACUGCCAUUUUUUGACGUGACGAUUUGACGUGGUGUGAUGAUGAUGAGAAACGAACAGGUAUAAUAAAUAUUAUCGCUAGAAUAAUUGAUAUUCAAUUUUAGAGAUACGAAAACAUCACAUGCAACAAUGUUUUGCAAUAAUCCCGUUUUCAACGCUAACAAAAACACUCCUUCGCUCUUUGAUUAAGGUGCGAAACUUUUGUCGAAAUGUGUUUCAAAUUAGGAGAAGCAAAAUUACGCAGAUGAGCAAAAUUACGCCCCUAUUACACAGAAACUAAAUUGAUGCAUCUCUUUCAUUCCUUCAUUCCUAUCCAAAAAUGCUUGUAAUAAUAAUUACUUUACUUACUGAACUCUCAAUCAACAAACCUCUCUUCUAUGUACCGUUUUGCAUUUAAAAAAAAAUGAAGGUAAAACACGAUUACCUAUGGUCCAAUGGUUGAGUAAAGUGCAUUGAUGAACGACUGAUACUGUCGACAAGCAAGCAACAUGCACAAGUAAUAUGGCGCAAGAUUGAAUGACGAAGGUGAAGCGUGUGUGUGUGUGUGCGAAACAUAGAGCUGGUAAGCGGACCAAAUUGAGUGAAAAUCUGCUUCUACUUCCUACAAUAAUGCGCAUCAAUCUCUCAAAUUACACUUUCCAAUGCUGUUGGAGCAUACCAGCAGAGAAAUGCCCUCCUUGGAACAUGAAUGCUUCCAAACAAAACGCAUACCUAAAACUAAGUAUAAAUAUUAUGUACCUCUUUGUUUGUCUCCUGGUCCGUCUCACAUUGUUGUACUGUUUAAGUGCAUUUUGAUUAUCCUGCCCUGUUCGAUCCCCCUCUACUAAUUGUACUCCCUCGAUCGGAAGUUCACAUCCAUAUAUGCUUGUGUAAGGAACUUUUGUGUGCGAAUGCUUUUCUAUUGUAAGGAGGUGUGUAAUUAAAUGAAAUAUACAAUUUAGAAAGGGAUUCCAAUGCAAAACGUCCGGAGAAGCGGACACGAUGCGGUUCGUUUUGGAUGCGAAACUUUUCUCAGCACCCAAUAGUGAAGAUGCAAUUGAUUAAAGCAAACGCGCGAUAUAGAAGAGAAGAAAAAAAAACGUAACGAAAAAUUCAAAUCGUAAAAAAUACUUAAAAUGCAGUAAUAGAUAUGGAUGAAUCAUUGCAAAGGUAAAUCAAUCGAGAAAUUUAGACAGACACGCGUACUACAACACGAAAUUCGGUAUAGCAUUGAACAAAAAAAAAAUAUGUAGGAACAACAACGGAAAUACAGAAGACUGGAUCCUUUUUCACCCCCUCACCCAUGAAUGUGGACUAAUGAUGUAAAUGUAUUCGACUAGUAUGGCAACCCAGAGCAAAAAUGCAUCGAACACUAAUCAUUUUCAUUUUACUUGCUAAUCGAUGAAGUGUUCGUCAAAAAGACUUAAUAUUAUGAGAUCCGUUAGAAUAAAUCUUUUCAGUAGGAAAAGAUGAGAAUCCAAAUUAAGACAGAUUUUCACGUGUGAUGAAAAAAACUCCCCCAAUCCCGACAUUAAGCAAGCGAAAAGGUGAUAUAUACUUUGCAGACUAAUAACAUGUUCUAAGCUUGUCGUUUUUAAAUAGUGGCACGUGAAAGAGAUAUUGAUUAAAAGAAUAGCAACACUAUUUUGAUUCACACCGCCCCACUGAUCACGAGUGCGAAACAUUGAGGGGCGAACGUCUUUAUUAGUGUGAUGAUGUGAUCAACACUUUCGAGUGACAUUCUCUAUUUUCUUCACUCCAAAAUCCAACCAGCUGCUGAUAGUAGUUUAACUAAAAUAUAUACAUUGAAUUUGAUAAAUGUCAGUAGAGUUUUCGUCUUUCACUAAUACCCCAUGACACAUACCGACAAAUUAGACAGAAAUACACACUAAAUACACGAUCUGUUCACUGUUCAAACAGUAAUCAGAAUCAAGCUCAUGUCGUUGAGUACACUUUAUAUUGGCAGAAUGGAAAAUCUACUUCAAAUGCACACAUUUCAAAACCGAUCAAAUUAUAAGGGAAUGCAAAAACACUCAACAAUGUUAAAAGUUGCGAAACGACAAAUAUACAAACACACAUACACACAAAUACCAAUACUACCUACAAAAUUAACACACUAAGUGGAGCAUUUACUUAUCCUCCCCUAAAUCUAAUCGGUAUGGCAAAGAACUGAGGCAAAGAGACUUGAAACAAAUACUGCUAGGUAUUAGAAGUAACGAAAGGACUUCAACCAAUGUGACAACAAAAUAUGAUAAAAGGUAAUCAUCAAAAUAGGUACAGCGAAGAGAGCGAGCAAACGGGGGGCGUAUGUGUUGUGGUAUGCAUUUCUGCUGAGAGCGAGGGAAGCGCAGACGAAAGUGAUUUGAAAAUAUUUAUUGAUAAUAAAUACCAUAUACUAUAGACACAAAUUGCUAACAAAUGUAUGUACCAUUAGAAAUCUAUGUGACAUUCAAAAUACCAUAGCAUGUAGGAAUAGGCCUGUUUGGGUCAAACUAACAAAGCACACCCCCCCUCAUCCGCCUUUACAUUCUCAUUGUGGAGGUGUGGCGGGAUAUGGAGCUACAUAAUUAAAUAGAAGAAAAAAAUCAGGAAUCUUGUACUAUUGCUAAAUAACACAGAACGGUUUGAGUAGUAUAUGAUAAAAACAAGUAAUCAAUCAAACCAAUACCAAUCAGGUGAAUAUUUCAGGGUGAAACCACUGUGGCGCAUGAGUAUAGAACCACAACGCUCCAAAGUUGCAGUGCGUAACUAUUGAAUAACUACCAGACAAACAUAAAUGCAAUAAAUGAUGUAAUUAGUUCAAAACACACAGAGAAAUAGCAGGAAAAUAGAUGAAAAUUGUGAAACAAAAGACGUAAUCAGCGAAAGACUGGACAGUUCCAAGCGUUGCAAUGUUUUGUAAUAAGUGUGUUUUGGAAAGCAAUAUAUGAAGUCCUUCGUUUUUGUUUUUUUAUGAGGCAACGAAAAAAAAAUAUAUGUGAAAGGAACGAAUUUAAUAAGUUUUCGUUUUUCGAAUCUUUGAAUUUCAUCAUUGCAUGAUACGAAUGUAUAAAAUGAAGAUAGUUUUUGGCAAAGGGUAGUAACAAUAACAUUUAUACACAACACUGUGUACGGAAGAAGUGACACAGCAAAAGCACAACUGGAGAGUGAGAUUAUAGGUAGUGAGCGUGGGCACGUCUGUCAACAACACGCAACAAAAAUCAAUAGAGAGAUCAUAACAUUACAUCCUGUUCAUAUAAUCAUCAUCAUCACAAUCUUCAUCAUCAUCACGAUCACAUCAUCACCCUCGUUGGUAGAUGAUAAUUUUCUUUAUCAUUAUUCAUCCGUCAUUAAGAUCAUGAUCACCGCAUAUGAACCACAUAUUCGCUACUAAGUUACACACACACGAAAGUUCAGCACUCACACAUGUUUUUAAGUUUGCGACUGGUCAUCACUUGCCCUGAAGGUAUUUCUUUAUUGGUGUUUUCUGUUGGCAUUUUUUUUUGAGUAAAACCAUUUCAUGUUGCCACUUAUGUUAGCCUCUGGUAUGCACUGUGUGUCCUCCGUGUUGGGGGACUGAUCCGUUUCCUAAACAAAAUUUUACUUCAAUUAAAUCAACAAUAUUUAUCCAUAACCACCACUGUUGUAUGCCAUAAUUUAUACAGCAUCUGACGUUUUGGGAGAAACGUUUUUCUCUAGAUUUAAGAUAUGUUAUAGAUGUGUACAUGAUUAGUUUUCGUUUGUUUUUACUCCAUUUUCGUUUGUUUAAGAAUAGGAUAGCGAGAUGUUUAAAUACACACAACCACACGUACCUAGAAGUUAGCGGUUAGGCAUAGGCGAAGAGGGCGAAAGUUCCCCUCUUUGGGAAGGUUGAAAAAGGCACGAACAAAUAUUCCUACAAACACUAGCACAUGUAUUCAAUUGUAGUACCAUUUUUUUUAUUCGUAGAUCUUAGUCCGAAUGCACCUUAUCACUAAACCUAAACGACACGUCGUCGAUACACACGCAUGCUAUACAUAUUUAAGUCAUUAAAAAAAUAAGAAAAAAAACCCAAAAAAAGAAGUUAUAUAUGUGUUGGUAAACUGCAUCGUUUAAUAUUCAGCACGCAGAGCAGAAGCGAACUACUUUUACCCGUUCUCCUGCUCUCGAUUGCAACGCAUUUUUACAUGUUCAAUUACCACCUCUCCACUAUAACAAAUCAUUAUGUGUUUAUAUGGAAGUUUACGUUUACAUGUAAAGUGUGGAGUAUAACUAGCAAUACGUUUCGAUAGCUUGCGAUAGCUUGAUACUACUAAUAAUUGCAACGCAAAGCAAUGAACAAAAUCAUUUGCCCAGUGGCGGGCGGAGUAUCCAUCAUUGCAAACUUAUACUAAAAAUAAUCCAUAUUUUUACUACAAUCAACACACACACACACAUCCUGUACCACUAAUGGACGAAUGAGCGUAAAGAUGUCUAAAGAUUGUUUCGCAGAACGCUUGCAUCGAACCUUCCUUCAGCACAUGAAUUCAAUGGACCUCUCCUAGAACAGCUUUUUUUUUACAAUUUGGUUUUAUUUUCUAAUGAUUAUUGUACUAUCCUAACUAUGUUCGUGUGUUACUCCUUCAAAACAGCUGCAUCAUAAAGGGCAAAAACCAUCUGUAUGUGUAAGGCAAAAGUUACCAAAAAUAUGUCAAAUGUGGCAUUCUCGUACCACCACCUCCUCGCACUUGCUUCGAAUUUCUGUAGAGUUGUGAGAAAUGUACCAACUGUGACGCAAUGUCGCCAUCUUCCGAGCGAAUCUAAACAAGCACCACCACCCCGAUAGCACACACUAUCAAUCGUUGUGAUUAUCCAAAAUUGGAUGUAAAUUUAAACCACCAACAACAACAAAAAAGCUAAGCAAAGCACAGUUGUGAUGAUCGAUCAAUGAUCCUUUCAAAUGCUUUACUUGCGUUAGUUUCCUUGCAGAUUUGCAGAGCGAUAGUGCCGAUUGCACUUGUGCUCAAGCUGCUGAGGUGCCCACUACAACAAGUGCUUUUGAAAGGCAUUGAUCAAUUUCAAUAUCUCUACCCCUGGUGCAGGGGAGAGCUUUGAAGCAAAGCAUUAAUCGAUGUGAUGACAUAACAGUGUGUGAUCGGGUUUCGGAAUACCAAAAAAAUAACCAACAAAACAACACUUCCUUAAAAGGAUAUAUGCUUGCUUCUGAAGCGGCAAACAAAAUCAAAAUUUCGUGCAUAGCAACAGCGCGCACGUCGUCGUGUAUUGUGUGAUUCAUUUCCAAGAAAAUCCACCCCAGUGAUCCCGUAACCGAAGCAGUGAUUGUAAGAGUGUGAUAAUAACACAGAAUGCGUGAUCGAUCCUUCCUUUUCCACGGUGGGAUUUUAAAACAAACCCUUUUCGGAACUCCAUCUCUUGUGAUCAAUCUUUCUAAUCAAACCUCCUGCAACUACUUCCCUGUGAGCAACUACUUCUCUGUGAGCAACUACUUCUCUGUGAGCAACUACUUCUCUGUGAGCAAUUACUUCUCUGUAAUUCAUAUUGUGAUCAAGGAAUGCAUAUGCUUCACUAGGAGAAGUUUCAUUUCCGCGCAAAUUCUGUGACCGUUUCGAUGGCGCAUCAAGCAAAGCUAAUAAUCAUCGAAUAAAAGCAAAUUCUCCCUUUCCUCAUCAACUCGUUGUGAUCUUUUCCCAGUUUGUGAUCCAAUGGGCGUAGGGCUGUUUGUGCUCUAACGCGUUCAUUUCAAUCUGGAACUCUUGCACUCUGUGAAUCCGAUGCAAACCUCUGCGGACCUACCAAUGGGCACGAACGAACCAACAGUGGGCAAUUCGAUUCUUUUUAUUCCUUUUUAAUAAUUGGCGUGUAAUUUUCGGCAACUUCGAUCCUUUUAUCUUAUAAGAAAAAAAAAUCUUUGUAACGUGUUUAAGUGGUUACAACAAAAAAAAUUGUGUGAGAGUUUGAAUCCUUAAGAAUUAAAAUUAUUCCGAUAUCCAAAAAUGUUUCAAAAUUCAAAAUUUAGAUUUAAUGUUUUCUUCAUAAUUAAUGUGUCAUUUUAGACUAGUACUUAACAUUAACCUUUCCAAACGUUAGUAUGAACGUUUGUCAAACUGUCAAACCUCUGCUACUUGCAGAUAAGUUUUGUUUAGGCUUACACAUGUCCGUUUUUGAACGUUCUACAUAAUUACUCUUUUUAAUAUUUGUUUGUGUGAGUGUUCUAGACGUGAGACAUAUAUGAGAGAAAGCUGUACCUAUUUGAUAAAAAUUAAGCACUAAGAAACGAUUUGUUUCUUCUGUUUGUUGUUCGUGUUCGUGGUUGGUUUUUUCGUAGUGCGUUUUGCUCCCAUAGUAUUUAAGAUGAUCAUUCGUAAAAAAACAACACACAUCAAAAUUUUGUGGUGAUUGUAAUUGUAUAACAAAAACAUACUUCUCAUGCUCGUCACUGUGAAUAAUAAUCUGGAUACGAAUGCGCGGGCGAUUACGCGCUCUCAAAGAGAGUCGAUCCCCUUCGGGUUGCAUUCAGUAUGGAUUUCCCUUCGCGCGGAAGUGAUUUUGACAUUUGCUGCAUAAAUGGCAGAUGAUCAGAACUUUUCGUGCGUAAAAAAAUACAAUACAAAACAUCCAACGAUGGCCUUCCGAAAUGGAGUUGCUCUCGAUAAAAGCAACGCACAACACAAUAAAAAAAAACUGUUAUUCGAAAGCAAGGAGCGGGAGAGUACGGAAAGUCACAAGGUGGAUAGUACAAGAACAUCUUCAAGGAAAUAUUUUUGGUAACAUUUGCACUAACGGAUACUAUAUUGUAAUGCCAAAGUUUUGUAUUUCUUUUAUUUUCUUUUGCCAUUUUCAAUACCAUUUUCAGUUCAUGUAAAGCUGAUCUAAUUUUUCUUCGAAAAUUUGAUUUGUUUUUUUAAACAUACAAACAUAGCAUGCACAGGGUACACAAACGGAUGGAGAAUAAAACGAUUAAACGAAACUACCAGAAUUACCUCAUUAGCAAAUUUUUGUUAAUCGUUUUAUUGUUUAAUUUAUGUAUAGAAAAAAAAGAAAAACAAUUCAAAACAAAUGCAGUUGCUGACAGAUCAAUACAAAUAAUCAAGCAAGGGCAGCGAGGAACAAAACGCAACAAUCUUCACGAUGUGUACAAAACAAAAUAUCAGAGAGCAUGUGAGUUGCAUUAUUACACAACCCUGGCAAGUCACACAGAAUCACAUACCGUCCCUAUACGUUUGUCCUCUAUUUCUGUCAUUGAUUUAUCAAAAUUUUAUUAAAUGUUGUUGCAUGUUUCAUAGUGUCAGUUUGUCGACGUGAGUAGGGAAAGGGGGGUAGUCAUGUUUUAUGUUGGUGGGAAGAAUUUUACCGAAACAAAUGAUUCUAAUAUGUUCCUGUUAUGACAAACACGAACGUGCGUAAUGAAUACAUAAAGGUUUAUUUUGUGUUUUUUACUGUACCAUCGUUCAUGCAUGCCAUUGCCAUUACAUAACUCUACCCUACCACCCACCCAAAAUCCUGGCAGCACACACAUCAAUCCCAUCACCAACUUAAAAUCCCAUUUUGUUUUAUUUGUCGCUGGCUAGUAGUGACGCGCACUGUUUUCCUUUUCCUUGUUCUAGUUGGAUGUUUGUUUAAGUGGAAUUUUAUGUUGCUUCAGGGACGAUUCCAUGUUUCUUACACAAAUGUGUCCCCUUGGGUUUAACAAGUACAGUUCCAAAUUGAGUGUAAAGUUCAGUAAGAAUUCACACUGUUUGUAGUUCGAUUCGAUGGAAGCGCGCGGAAUUUCAGACGUGUAUACUAUGGGCGAGCGUGUCACAUACAUGGCGGAGGAAGCGUAGAUGCGUAGAAGUAGUCAAGAAGUGUCGAAGAGGAGAUGGGAACGGAAGAAAAAGGACAGCUUAGGAGGGGGCAAGAGAUGGUAGUGGUAACCCGUGAGAUGAGCGAAGAAAGAUGAAGGAAUGUGUAUCAUUCUUUGAUUGAAAGUACAAAUUGUUUUUUUAUUACUUUACUAAUUAUUCUAAUUAUUAUCAUUAUCGCAAAUUAUUAAUUCUAUUGAUUAUUAUUAAUUACCGAGAUAUAAUCGAAUCUUUAAACUACCGAAAGUAAACUACACUAUACAAUUUAAGGCUAGGAGGCCCCAGUGUGGCCGAGAAGGUUAAACGCGGACUUGAGAGUGUAAGGGAAUGAUGCGAUUGCGGCAUGUUUUUCAUGUAUGUUUGUGGAUGUAGAGCUUUGCAUAAGCAUAACUUAUGUUUCCUAUUCGUUUUUUUUCUGUAAACCACAAUCAACAUGCGCAUCUCUUUGCAUACGUUGUUUAUUUGAUACAAAUGUAACUAGCCGUGUGUGUGUCUAUGUGUACGGUUCAAGCGUUAUUUGACGAUUUGUUUGUAAGUGUAAUUUUAAUGCGUCACUUUAUUUCCUUACCCACUCGAACGGGGCGACGGGGAACAAUUAUUGUGCACGUGGCUGCAUAGGCGAAGAUAUAUAAACCUUAGAAGAAAAACCUCCAACCUUCGCCGUUUCCCCUUACCAGCUUAGCAAGAACGGUUACUGUUUUUAAUUUUAAUUUUUUUUUUCCCGUAGCUCACGUUUUCUAGAAACUUUUGUUUGACGUUUCGCUUGUCUCUUUGCGAGCGUAUUACACUAGCUACGUAAGUAAACAUUAAUCUUUAUUCGAGCAUACCUGAAUGCUUUUACUAUACAUGGUGAACACCACACAUAAUGGCAGGUGAAGGACAGCAGUUGGUAGUAUUAGUAAAAAAAACGGCAUUCGUUUGUGUCGUCGUAUCGUGUAAACAGAAGGCAAACCCCCCCAAUAGUAAACGUUUUAGUGAAUUAUAUUUAAUCUCCUUGUUUGUCUCUUCAUUUCGCUGUAGAGCGUUCUCCCUACGCACACACGUCACGUACCUUGGAAAGCGCGCUUAGUAUGCGCGCUAACACUUAAAACGAACACGCGCUUAUACAUGAGUGAGUAGGGAUGAGCAGGGAACAAGUGGUGGAAACAAGUGAUAAACUCUCAGCAGAGUUUUACUUAACCGUCAUCCCUAUUAUCGCCCGUGUGUUAAGCAUGAACAUUUAGCGUUUUGUUAUAGCUCAUUUACUACUAUCAAUUUAUGUUCGUUAAACCCUAGCUGCUGGGGCUCCUCCUCCGCACGCUAGCAUAAAGUUAUUGAGAGGAGUAAAGCUAUAUUUAGAGCACGAUUCCGUUAAGAGUGUUUGUGUUUGCAUUUUCAUUAACCACAUUUUGGCACAACCAAAGGGGCACACCGUGUAGUAGGAAAGAAUGGUUUUUAGUAUUUUUGUUUUGUUUUGUUUUCUGUUGAAAUGAUAUUCAGCCAACUAAAUGAGAGGAGGAAAAUGUAAUAAAAGGAGAAUACUUUGUACCUUUUUGCUAAACGAAUAGACACAUGUUGAGCCGGUUUGAAGGCGCAGAUCGAGUUUUAAAACUACUACACUACACAACUACUUAUACUACUACUACUACUAAUACUACCACAACUACUACUAUUAGCAUCAAAGGAGAGAACGAUGGACAUAGAGAGAGAGAGAGAUGGAUGAGUUUGCUAAGGCAAACGGUAUGGUUUUUGAGUGAAAGUUGUUGGUACGUACACCACAGUCUCGAAUAAUUUAAGAAAAUGAAACAAACAUACAAACAAACAAACAAACAAACAAACAAACGCAACACUUAAUACAAACAAACAUACAUAUAAUUGACCAUGGAAAAAAGAAUUUAAGUAGAUUUAUCGAUGUUUUUCUCUCCCAAUCUGUUUUUGCUUGCUAUAUAGAGAGCUUCUCAUUCCUUUUCCCCACACACACACACACACAUACAUACACACAAACAUACAAACAGUUUCGCUGUGGGAAACCAAUAUAUUAUAUUUAAACCAAAAAGAAAGCAAGAUACAAAACUGCAUGCAGCAUCACACAUCUCGACGUUGUGCGUGUAUGAGUGUGUGUGGGUAGGGUUUAUUAGAUGUCGCACACUUACACAAAACAAAACCUAUGCAGCAUUAUGUUUCACAGUGAGAGAAACAGUUUAUGUAUUACGGUAUUGGUGGACGGUAAAGAGAGAGAGAGAGAGAGAGAGAGAAAGCAGGUUUAAAGAAUGCUAUAUUAGAGUGCAGUGUAAUUUGUUGUGAAACGUGGAUUUUUUAAGUGAACAGUGUCAGGAGGUGUAGCAGUCAGGCCAAAAAUGGAAGCAGAAAUACAAACAAACUCAACCAACGGUACAACUAGGUGCGGGAGAAGAUAUGGACGGUAGAUGGUCGUUUGCAAGCAAGGAAGACGGCAGGGAAUGGGAGAAAAGCACAGGACAAAGUUUAUUCACUGUUGACAAAUUGUGAACAAAUGCGGGAACACAUAAAGCAGGGCCAGCAGCGGGAGCAGAAGAUGGGUGGGUGUGUGGUAGAGUGGAAGAAAGAAGCGUUUCUUCACUGUGUUGGUAUGUAGUGGUUGCAUUGGUUUUUGUUGAUUGCGUUUGAUUUAUGUGCUGUUUUUUGUUUCUAAAGCUAAUCACAAUUGGUCACUAUUGGUAAAAACUCAUCACUCAUCAAUCAUCACCACCCUUCUAUCAUAAACAUUUCGACACUGAAGACACUUUCUCGGUUCGAGUCAUCAUCCCAAUCUCAACUGAACUUCCAAUCACGUGUGGAUUGGAUUUUCUUGGAGCGUAACGUAUGUGUUGUAGACAUGCGUGCCAAGGGCGUAGCAGUGGGUAAUAGUUAGCUAUGGGAAACAAGGGAACGUUUUCCGUUUUUUUCUUACGAUUUUUUUUUCUCUAAAUGUUUCGCUAGUUGCAAGUACCAGUCUGAGUGAAAUUUGAUAGUUUAACGCGCACCACCAUGCGCACCUUCAUACAUUGAUCAACGUAACUGAACCGAAUAUGUUUGCCAAUAAAUUGCAAGUGCAUAUGUAAGUGUGUUAAUGAAACAAAACUGAGAAUGGAACAGAAAACAAAUUUCAAAAACAAAGAAAACUCUCACGACAAGAAAUAAGUGAAAACCAAACACAAGUGUACAACAUAGGAAAAUGUUUCUUUGUUUUUUUUUAAUAAUAAUAAUAAUACGGCAACGGUGAUGAGGUAAAAUAAUUAGCAAACACAAUAACAGAACAUAAACAAAUACAAAAUCUAUUUCCUCACAAGAAGCAAACUCAUGCAACAAGUCAGAAAGUAAAAUGGUAAAAGGAGAGACAAAAAGUGCAAGUGUGGCAGGAAAACGAAUGAAGAAAAUAAUAAAUUCUUAUACCCCUCUUUACCACUAUCAAAUACUUUACUUAUUUUAAAGUAUGCAUACAAGCAAACUAUCGGAACCGACUGAAAGCCGAAGGUGAAAGAUGAACAGAUACAUGAGGAUGGAGUCACACGAAAAAACACAGAAAAUGAAACAAUGUGUAGGAUGUUAUUUGUCCUUUGAACUAACCAAACAAAGAAGGCUUUUUUUAUAUUGAGUAUAAGGGCGUGAUGUGGGACAAAAACAAGAGUACACAGACAUAUUUGUGUGAGUGUGUGUGUGUGACAAAAAAGGGAAGAUGGUCCUGGAAGGGCGAGUGAGGAACACAUGAAUGUUAAUUCUACAAAAUAUAUACGAUAUAUACGACAACACAAAAUCUUAUUAAUGCUAAAAUUAAACUUAAAAAACCACAAAAAAACAGCCAUGUAAGAAGCGCAAAACCACACUUCUUCUGAAGCAAAUCCAAUUUUCCACUGAGUACUAGUUAAGAUGGUGUGAUGGCAAGAAGAUCUUUGCACACUGUGGGUUUGAAAUAAAGUUGCACAGGUAAAUGCUGUCAAAGUCAGAGUACGAAUAAAAAACAAAUAACAACUGGAAAUGCACGUGUCUAACAGACAAAUGCAAAGGUGUGAGCUCUCUAUGGUGUCAUAUGAGUAAGACUCAGUGUAACUGCUUAAAAUAUACCCGGAACAGAAUCAUUAGCAUACUAAGCAUACUAAAGAAAGGUCCUAGUGAAUAUGCAAGUCUAGUGCAACAGCACAGCAAACCUGGUGUCCGAACUAAAUUAAAAUGACACACAAUGACAGCAAAAAGAAACGCACCCACACCAACUUAAAGAAGAAGAAAAUAUAAAGCACAUGGCUCGGAAUAAAAAGAACAACAAGAAAAUACAUAAAUAAGAAGAAUAAAAAAAUGUUAGAAUUAACAAAAGCGCCACACAGUGUGCUACCUAUCGAUGUCAAGUUCUCGGUUUGCAGGAUGAUUAUAUGAAUAAAACACUGGAAAAUAAUAAUUAAA